UGAAAGUGGAGUCGAUCCUGACCAAUGCUCCAGAAAGUGAAUGGACUUUUUGCGGGUUGAAUCUUGGGAGGAAUCGAACCAGAACAACAGCAAACCUAGCAUCCCACAGUCGGACAUUCAAUCGCAACAUCUUGUCUUGACAUAGGCGAGCAGCCAAACGACUCACGAAGCCAUAAUCCGUCUGCGAUAUCUAUGAACUUGACAUCGGCACUGUCAAGAUCGACGACUAUAACCAGGCCAUUAAACUGUACCUACCGUACCUGUCGGAGCAUACGAGCAUCACCAGACCAAAAGACUUGCCUACAAUCGGGCCGGCAACUCAACUCGACGCGAAGCUGAAUUUCUACGAGAAUAGGAAACUAGGGGGGAACUGCACGCUCAGCUUUUUUUUGUUUUGUUUUUUUUCGAACGAGGACGGGUCAUGUCGGAGAAAGGAAAGGCAGUCGCGUCGGCGGCAGGCGACGACACCACAACGCCAUCGAAUCCACGCGGGAUCCCAAAGGCGCCGUUUGUGGACAAUGUGGAGGAUUACGUGACGAGCCGGGCCGAGGUCGAGUCGACGUUGGUGCGGUUCCAGGAGAUGAUAUCAAAAUACCAAUUCAUGGAGCUCAACCUACAGCGUCGUGUGGCAGGACUCAAGGGAAAGCUACCGGAUAUUGAAAAGACAUUGGAGACGGUGCAGUUCUUGAAGCUGAGCAAGGAUGGGGGCGACCCAAUCGAGACGUCGUUUGAGCUCAACGACACGUUAUACACCAAGGCUGAGAUACCGCCUACCGACGAGGUGUUUUUGUGGCUUGGUGCAAACGUCAUGCUCUCAUACCCGAUUGACGAGGCGGAGGAGUUGCUGGAUUCCAAGCAAAAUGCUGCAAAACAGAGCUUGCAAAACUGCGAAGAGGAUUUGGAAUUCCUGAGGGAACAAAUCACGACUAUGGAAGUUGCGCUUGCUAGGGUAUAUAACUGGGAUGUGAUGCAAAAGAGAAAGGAAAAGGCAGAAGAAGACAAGUUGAAGGGCAAGGAAAAGGACGCGGCAAAGUCUGACAAUGACUCUUGAAACACAGUGGCAGCCUCCCGUACAAUCCAAAGAAAUCACGGAAGAAGCUGACGAGGCAUUCGCCGAAGUGACGCCGCAUCUUAUCCAAGAGGAACAGGCCGGCCGUUCGGUCUGUCCGCGGGUGCUGGCCAAAGCCGACCACCGUGGCGCGGCUCGGGCGAAUGAUUGGCGAAUUGGUUUCACUGGUUUCGACUGCAUUUGGGCGCUCCAGCGUGGCCUGUUGAUUUUCCAGGGUCAUUUCGGACGAACAUAAAAAAAAAAAACAGUCUUGCUGCAGCCGUUGACAUGAAAGCAAGAGGAAUUUCGCCAAAAAAGCAAUCCUGGAUGGGGGACCCUUG